CAGCAUUCUGGCACGUCCUUUUUUCUCUCCAGGUCCACCACCAUCACCCACCACCCAUCCAAGGCAUGGUAUGUACUUUGUACACUACGCACACACACAUACGGAUACACACACGCACACUCACACACCAAAUAUUCUCUCUCUCUCUCUCUCUCUCUCUGUGUGUGUCGUUCUUCUCUUUUUCUGCCCGCCCAUCUCUUACUUACUCCUCCUUCCAUUGCCCACCGUCUUCUUUCUCAUACGGAUGGAUACCCAAGGCACUCCUCCCGCUGCACUGUUGUUUCUCUCUCACUCUCUUCCCUUUCUCUCACUCUUACUCUCUAACAUCGCACUCCCUCCCUCUUUCUCCCCGUCUCUCCCACACGCCCUCCCCCUGCCUCUAAUCCAUACUCCUCUUGUACCCCAUCUCUUUCUAUCUCCCACCUCUCACUCAUCACACCCCAUACCCUUCUUAGCUCGACCCCCCCCCCCGGUAUCCUGUGAGCUGGGUUGUGUGUCUUUGCGUCCUCUACGGAUACACAGUUACCAGUAGUCCCAAUCCUAGUCCAAGUCCCACCACCGCCGCCGCCGCCGUCUUUCCCUCCGCCUUGUCCUGUCUGCCUCCACACCCACCGGCUCUGCUUUGGAGGAAAAAGGGUACUGACUCUUUGGCUCUGUUUCUGGGCUCUGGCUCCCGCACCUGUGUUCUAUCUACCCGUACCUCUUGUUGAUGCGACUGAUCUCUCUCUCUCUCUUUCUCGCAAAUGCUUGUCGCUUUCCACCUCGUCCGUCCCGUCGUCACUCGUCACUCUGGCCCUCCUUGACCUUGACCUUGACCUUCUCCCCUCCACCUCCUCCACCUCCACCUCCUCUAAGGAUACAUCCUGUGCUGCCGCUACCGCCGACGCCGCUCUGCCCUCUGCCCCGUCCGCCUUGUCUUUCUUGGCUCUCGACGUACAUGGUAGAGCUUCAUCUGCUACCCUUGCUCGGCUUCAAACAGCUUCCUGAUCUCCUCGACCGCGGCACCUUGCCUGGCCCUACGUCGGCAUCCCGCCUUGAGCCCUGGGUCCGAUCUGCCCUGUCUAUUGUCUUAACCCAGGCCUGCCUGUACUAUCCUGGUUCUCUGAGCUCGAGGCACCUCCAUCUUGUUCUCGGCUGCCCUGGGCGCGCGCGCGCUCUCUCUCACCACACUCCUCCCCUGAUUGCACUGCAAAGAAAGAGUACAUGGACAUAUUAUUUCAUCCAGUCUCCCGAUCUUCACGCGCAAUUACCAGUUUUACCGUCGGGCACCGACAUUCAUAUAAGUCCUCGGCGACAUCCAGUCUGCAGACCACUUCAUCUACUUCUUGCUGCAGUCCCUAGCAUCCGAAGCUCAGGAUACCAGGAGUUCGAGGCCCAACCGCUCGGUUCAAGAAAUCAAAAACCUCCGAGGCCCUCCCUCCUGUUUACUCCCUUCCCGACAUCUAAGAUCUCAGGGUCCGUUCCACCCACUGCAGCAAAACCAAAGCAAACCAAAGCACGGCACAGCACAACAGUACAUCACACCGCAUACAUCAACUACCACCCACGCUCAUUCCCUUACAACAAGAAGCUCGCCAGCUAGCUGCUCCUCCGCACCCACCUACCUUUAACUCUCAUCACUCCUUCUCUUCCCAGUGAGAAGGGCGAGCCUCUUUUCUUCUUUCUCUCUCUCACUCUCUCACUCUCUCACUCUCACCAUCAUCCUCCUUCGGAACCUGGACAUCCACCAGUUCACCGCAAGCCGCCCGACAGGACAGAGAGAAACCUAGACCGCGCAGCUAAUACGCCGCCAACAUUCAACCGUGCUGCGCUUGACAAACCUUAAAACACUGGACCUCACCAUCAACCUCCGGUUCCUGACCCACGCAAGCCACAAGCCAUAGACAUACACGAACAUCUAUCCCGUUGCCUGCUGCUUCUGGCCGUACACAUUCCGCCCUCAAGCUCCUCCUCCUCUUACUUGGGCCAGUCCAAAACUGCAUACUCUCUCCGAUCAGAGGCGUUGAGCCCGUCGCGCCAUCCCACACCCAAGCUUCACGCGUCAGGUGACGGUAACCUUGAGUCUUCCAACACAGCUCCUGUUCUCAGUGGCUGAACCAGAAGACGGAAAGGUGAGCAAGGAGGCGCUCGGAAGCAUACAGUCUCGCGACCUGGAUACUACGAUAAGCGCAGGGCGAACCACGGUCCCGCGUCUUGCUGCAGAUUCAGAGCUCCACACACGUACCGUGUAGUACCUUACCUUACCUUACCCUCCUGCUCAUUAUAUUCCCCUCCCUCUUCUCUCCUUCGCAGAAACGCUUUGGAAACUUAGCUUUAACAAGUCUUAAUCUUCUUGUCGCCGUUGAAAGACUUUCUUUCCUCCUCCUUCCAUCGGCGUUUCUUUUGUCUACGUCCUCCUCUUUCUAUCCUCGCGCGUCUUAGUCUCAGCAUUACGCUCAACUGCGCGGCUUCAUCACUGUUCUCACGAGCACUCGCUAGUCAAGUCAGCAGGGCUAGCUUCGCUUCCCUCCUCCUUCCCAUCAUCGUCACCAUCAUCUGGGAGGACUGAACCUUUCACACUCUAUUUGAUAUUUCCUUUCCAACGCAUACACGUACUGCCGGUAAGUGGCGCAACUCUACGAUCGCUACCGCAAACGUUCAACGUAACUUACAUGAUUAGACUCGGCGCAACCGGAAGCCAAAAUGGCGAAUUCCAACGUCCCAUUAAACCCAACCUUCAUCGGCCACGUCGCUUCCACCCUCGACGCUCUGGUUCUCUUUGAAGCAUGUCUGAGCAGUGCACUACACCAUGUCCCCCGCAGACCACACGACCGCGAACGCCAGGAUCUCAUCAAGAGCGGCAAUGUCUUCAUCUACGAGGAGCACUCGUCCGGCAUCAAGCGCUGGACUGACGGAGUUGCUUGGAGUCCCAGUCGUAUCCUCGGCAACUUCCUCAUCUACCGCGAACUCGACCGGCCUUUCCCGCCAGGCGAAAAGAAGCGCGCCAUGAAACGUAACAAGAAACCCACAGGUGUAACGAAGCCCGAGGUCGCGCGCCAAGGCAGCGUCAACGGAGCUGCGUCUACCAUGGGCAUGGGAGAUGGCUCGCAAGGCGGCAACAAGGACGCGGAGCGAGCAUUGAUUGGAUCCCUAGUCGACUCGUAUCCCUUCAAGGAAAACGGUCUGGUGAAGAAGACGAUCAGCGUGACCUACCAGGGCGUGCCGCACCACCUGGUGUCCUAUUACAACGUCGAAGAUGUCACAGAGGGCAAGCUGAUGACCCCUUCCAAAGAUCACCAGCUCUCUACCAUUAUUCCUAGAGGGGAGUUGAUCAUGUCGCAAAAUUUCCGCGCCCCAAUUGACGAGGUCGAGAUGGACGACUCCCGAGGAGGCCACGGACUUUUCGCGCAACACUAUCCCGUUAACGGCCACCACCAGAGCCUGUCACGAGCAAUGUCGGUGCCUUCGCUACACAUGAGCGGAAUGCCUGCGGCGCAGUUCGGCCAUCCACCGUACAUGUCGUACAUGAAUCCAGUCCCCGGGUCCGUCAGCAACGUUGGCUAUGCGCAGCCUCAACACCCAAAUUACGCAUAUGACAGCAUGAGCCGUGCAGGCCGGUAUCCGUCAAGUGCUGGCUUGGCUCCCGACAUGUCUCGAAACAUGGCACUCGAGUCACAGCAUCAUCCUCGACGACACUCAACAGCUUACGAGCCCGUCACGGGCCCCGAAAUGGGUCUUGCUAGCAGCUUGCCAGCCGUAUCAAGCGACCCGUCAAGGUCCAUGGGCGGAGGCAACUACAUGACAUCCAUGUUGUAUUCCCAACAACGCCCUCACGACAUGUCUCCUCACGAGCCCUUCCCCUCGCCGUCUCCCCGCCACGUGCACAACGAAUCCGGGAUGGGCGGCGACAGAAGCGCCCCGGGCUUCCCCAUCGAAGGGCUCAAUCGCGAUACGUGGAACACGUUUGACCAGAUAGCCGAGGACGACCAAGGUCAAUACAUGCCGCAAGGGAGUGCAGGCUGGCCGAAUAGCAACAACAACAACUCGCUUGGUAGGACCUGAAGAGAAGUAGGAUUAGAGUCGUUUGCACGUCUCGACUACCGGACUUGUCCAACAUGAUGCCGUUGGACAUAGAACCAGGACCCAACAUUGGUUGGAUCGGAUCACCAGAGAGGAUUGCCCUUGAACGACAGUGUGGAAAAUGUUGCGGGGUCAUCGAUCCUUCAGGUUACAGAGGGAGACUCUGAAUUCUGGCGCCAAGGUGCUUGGGUAGCGCGGCGCCGAGGUUGCGGUUUGCGAUGAAGUUUUUUGAUCCGGAAGAAAACAGGUGCGCAAAGCCGAGCGCAACCUACGAUCCAGGAGUAUGUGAGGCAUACUGAACAGGGAAAAGGGGGUUUCUUGGGACUACCAAAAAGUUUACCUGUACGGCAGUUACAGUCUGCAGACACGCAUGUUGUACUCAACGCAACGAAUCAUCAUGCGAUGUGAUCGUUUGUCUAGGUAGUAGGGUAUGCGUGGUCUGUAGUGCUCCAUUCGAUGAGAGUGAAUACUUAGACAGAGUGGCUCUUUGCUACAUUACACUUCAACAUACCUUACCUUGUUUAAGGACAAUUGAAAAAUUCAGUC